UGGUUCCAUGGCUGCCCAUGGUGCCCCUGCUCCUCCUCUGCAGGGCCCAGCCACUGGAAGGAGCUGAAAGCCACAUGCGGUGGUGACAAGCAGUCCCCUGUGAACAUCGACAGGCGCCGGCUGCAGCGGGAUGGUGGCCUUGGGGACAUCCUCUUCGAGGGUUAUGACCAGGCUCCCCCUGGCAAGUGGAGGCUGACAAACAACGGGCACACAGUGAUGCUGGACCUGGCGAGUGAGUCGGCCUCUGAGCACAUCACCAUCAGCGGCGGGGGCCUCCCUGGCAGGUACCGCGCGCUCCAGCUCCACUUCCACUGGGGCAGCCCGGCCGGGAAUGGUUCUGAGCACACCCUCGAUGGGCGCCAGCUCCCCAUGGAGAUGCACAUCGUCCACAUGAAUGCCAAGUACCAGACACUGGCAGAGGCCAAGGGGCAUCCCAAUGGGCUGGCUGUCCUUGGCUUCUUCUUCCAGGUCUCUGAAACCACUAACACCAACUACAACACCAUGGUGGCGGGGCUCAGGAAUGUCUCCCAUGCUGGUGACUCCGUGGAUUUGGCCUCCACCUUCCGCCUGAGCACGCUGCUGCCGCGUGCCGGCCGGCUCUCGGGCUACUACCGCUACCAGGGCUCCCUCACCACCCCCGACUGCAGCGAGGCCGUCAUCUGGACUGUUUUUGAGGAGCCAGUGGAGAUUGGCCGGGAGCAGCUGAAGGCAUUCGUCAGCACCCUCCACUUCCCACUCGAGGGAUCCGUGCUCCUAAAAAUGAUCAACAACUUCCGCCCACCGCAGCCUCUCCACAGCCGGAAGAUCUUUGCCUCCCGUGGGGCCACAGCCAGCGGUGGGUCCCUGCACAGGGGCCACCAGCAGCUCCUCUCACCCCUGCUCCUCCUGACCCUGCUCAGCCUCUUCUCACCAGCCCCAUAGGGUCUGGCCCUGCUGCAGCGGAGAUGGAGGCGAUGCAUCUUGUUCAUGGGAAAUGGGAAACAAUGAAAAAAAAGCACAUUGAAGCCUUGGCUGGGUGAAGAUUUUGUGAACCUGCAUCUCUGCAGAGGUGAAUCUCUGCAAGCUGGAGCUGCCCUGGGAUGCCUCUGUAGAUGGGCAGUGGGAGCUGCUGGCAGGGGGAUGAUGCAUUGAAGGGAAUAAAGCCAAGGUCCUCGCCAGUGCA